CAAGCGAAACUGAAUCACGUCGGUGACUGGCACUCCACUCUUCAAUAUUGUCCACCCUUUAACUCCUGCCUCUACUCAAAUUAAGAACAUGGCAGAUGAUCUGUCUGAUAUUUGGCAGCCCCUUGAAUAUCCCAAGCGCCUUAUCCCACAGGAGUGGGUUGAACAAUUAACCCCAAGCGUUUUGAAUGAGUACCAGAUCUAUGGCUCCAAGGAGAAAGCCUUUGAUACUAAUAUCGAGGAUUUGGAGUAUCUCAACGAGCAUCCAGAGGUCCGUUCCCUUAUCCGAGUCCUUUUUCAGGAAAUUGUUAGAGUGAGACCAGUUGACAUUCAGCAAUUCUUCCGCGAUUUCUUCAAUCGUCCCAUGCAAGAAUUGGAAAUCAUGGUCAGUGAGCAUAUAAACGAUAUUCCAGUCACUGAGCCACGUUCAUCUUCGAAAAAUCGAAAACCUUCCGUGAAUAAGAUUCAACAGAGCAUUGCAAACACCGACAUGGUAGCCGUUUUCCCUCUUUCGCAAAUCUAUUUUCCGGAUAAUCUUCAAAUUCCAGCUACUUCUCUUUCGCGUAGUAGCGAGAUACUAAUCGAUAGUCAGAACCUUCAAAUUUCUAGUGAAUCGAGGAAGUAGUUUUUUGGGGGUUUCGGUUAGAAGAACUGUGAGUUCGUCGAUACUAAAGAAAAUGUCAAAUGCUUUUGUUAGUCUUCACAAUGAGGAUAUAAAAUAUUUGGUUGGAGGAAGUAA